AUGUCGCUCACACCCCCCCAAGCCCGCACCACAAUCGACCGCCUCAUCAACAACCUAAUAAACAUAAAAGACACCACCGGAAAAUUCCUCCUGCACCUCGAAGACGGGCGCAUAAUCGACACAAAAUCCUGGGCCGGCUGGGAAUGGACGCACGGCAUCGGGCUCUACGGAAUAUGGAAAUACUACGAAAUCACCGGCGACGCCGCCCUGCUCCGCAUAAUCGAGGACUGGUUCUCCGCGCGCCUCGCCGAGGGCACAACCAAGAACAUCAACACCAUGGCCGUCUUCCUCACGCUGGCCUACGUCUAUGAGAAAACGGGGAAUCAGACGUAUCUGCCCUGGUUGGAUGCUUGGGCGGAAUGGGCCAUGCAUGACCUCCCGCGCACGCCCUAUGGCGGAAUGGCUCACAUCACCUAUCUCUCUGAGAACCAUCACCACCAGCAGCUGUGGGACGAUACGCUGAUGAUGACGGUGUUGCCGCUAGCGAAGAUCGGGAAGCUGCUGAACCGGCCUGCAUACGUCGCCGAAGCGAAGCGGCAGUUCCUCAUCCAUAUCAAGUACCUAUUCGACGCGAAAACUGGGUUGUUUUUCCACGGGUGGGAGUUCAAUUCAGACCAGUCAACAGCGGCUGGGCAUAACUUUGCCGAUGCGCGGUGGGCGCGCGGGAAUAGCUGGGUGACGAUUGUGAUCCCGGAGUUCAUUGAGCUGCUGGAUUUGCAGCCCGAGGAUCCGAUCCGGGUUCAUCUGGUUGAUACGCUUGUUGCGCAGGUGGAGGCGCUGAAGCGGCUGCAGACGGAGGAUGGAUACUGGCGCACGCUGCUUGACCAUGAAGACUCGUAUGUUGAGUCCUCUGCGACGGCGGGUUUUGCGUGGGGGAUCCUGAAGGCUGUGCGCAAGCGGUAUAUCAGUGGGGAGUACCGAGCUGUUGCGGAGAAGGCGAUUAAGGCGGUUUUGGGCAAGAUUGACCAGGAUGGCGAGUUGCAGAAUACGAGCUUUGGGACGGGCAUGGGUGAUAGCUUGGACUUUUAUAAGCAGAUCCCGCUGACGAGUAUGCCGUAUGGGCAGGCCAUGGCACAGGGGGCGCUUGUCGAGUGGUUACGGGGAACGUUUUGA